AUGGAGAAGAAGAUGAUGGAUAAAUCUCCAUCGAAGAAGAAUGAAGAAAAAAUGCUCAACGAAGAGAGAGAACGAAAGGGGAGAGGUACAGAUGAUCGUAAAGAGGCAGCAGACCAGUCACUCAAGGCUUACGAAGCUGCCACUAGUGCUGCUUCCACUGACCUUGCUCCUACACAUCCCAUUAGGCUUGGCUUGGCCCUUAACUUCUCUGUUUUCUACUAUGAGAUCUUGAAUUCCCCUGAGAGGGCCUGCCACCUUGCAAAUCAAUCCUUUGAUGAAGCUAUAGCAGAACUCGACAAGCUUCAAUGA